AUGGUCACGAGUUCCAGAACGUCGGAAGGACAGAACCGCGCACAUAACAAGAGAACGCCGGCCGCUUGCGAGAUGGAGCGCCUGCCGGAGGAGCUCCUCAUGCGCGUGGUCUCGCUCACGUCGCCGCCGGACGCCUGCCGCGCGGCUGCCGUCUCCCGGGCCUUCCGCGCCGCGGCGGACUCCGACGCCGUGUGGUCCAUGUUCCUGCCCCGUAACCUCCCGCGGUUCGCCAAAGGCGAGCUCCCCCGCACGCCGCCGUCGAGCAAGAAGGAGCUGUUCCGGCGCCUCUCCGACCAGCCAGCUCUCCUCCCACACAAGUUGAUGAGCAUGCAACUGGACAGGGCUACCGGCGCCCAGCGCUUCACGCUUUCGGCGAGGGCGCUGCAGAACCGGGCACCUGUAGCUUCGCUUUCCAACUGCAGCAAAGGAAACAAAAGGUUCUUCUCCGAAGCCGCUCAGUUCUAUCGUGUCAAUGAGUUGGAGAUCCGGGCCAAGGUACAAAGGAAGAUGCUCUCACAGAACACAACAUAUGCCGUAUACUUGGUGUUCAAGCUAGAAUAUGUAUACUAUGAGUUCGGAUUCCCGUACGAGGUGGCCUCCGUUGGUGUUGCUGGGAGGGAGUCGACCCGACUAGUUUCCGUGCAAGGCAACAUCAAGGAUGGAGAUGGGGAUGGCAAUGCGCCUCAUAGACACAUCUUUCAAGGUUGCAGAGGGACUCUUAGUUGUGACGCAAUUACUUCAGGAGAGGACAUUCAUUUCCCUCGUGAAAAUGCCGAUGGCUGGAUGGAAGUGGAGUUGGGUGAGUUCCAUAAUGACGAAGCCGACGAUGAUGGUGAGGUGUCCAUCAGCUUCACGGGAGAAAGCAAGUCUUGUCUUAAAGUGUUGGGCAUUGAACUCAUAAGUAAGCAACAAAAGCCUACAUAA